AUGUGCACUCUGAUCUGGCUCAUACAAAUCCUCUCUUUACUCCUGCCCUACAAGCCAUUCACACAGGUCUCAGCCCAUCUAGGCACAAACCAUUCCAAAGUAAUGCUGUUUCAUGACGUGUGGCUUCGAAGUAUGUGUCAGUCUCUGGAGAAGAUGGUGGAGGUGGAAAAGGAGUAUCCAGGCAGUGUGGAGCACAUUUUCAGUCCUGGCUGUGUGCCCCUCCAUCGCUGCUCUGGUUGUUGUAAUGAUGAGAAACUAAAGUGCUCCCCCAUCCUGACCCACAAUGUCACAAUGCAGCUGGUGAGAAUAACCCCAGUACACAGAACCAAGCAGUAUGUGCAGCUUUCUUUUUUAGAACAUCAACGCUGUGAAUGCAGGUGCAAGGAUCACUUUAGCUUUCUUGGACAGAUGCAAGCAGAUUCAUCAGAGAUGAAAAAGAUGAAGACGCUCAAAUACCUCCAGGAAAAGACCUGGCUGUCCACUAGCUGUCUGGGAAGUGUUGAAUAA